CGCUAGAGAUGCAGAAAUGUGUGUUGUAAAUAGUACACCAUAAAACCAAAACUGAGCUGUUUUGUCACUUCAACAAGUAACGUAGGCCUACAACCAAAGUUUCGCAUAAACUUGAACUCAUCGUCAUAAUGUCCCGGUUAGGCGGAGGGGCUAAGUGUCCGAAAUGUGGAAAGACGGUGUACUUCAACGAGGAAGUGGUCUCUGCUGGCAGCAAAUGGCACAAAAUGUGUUUCAAAUGCGAUCUCUGCAACAAGAUGUUGGAUUCGUUCACUGUGAAGGACCAUGAAGGAAAGCUCUACUGCGGUGGUUGCCAUGGCAAGAAUUUUGGGCCCAAAGGCUAUGGCUACGGAGUUGGAGCCGGUACACUGAGUACUGGGGGCGCUCUUGGGAGUAAGCCAUCUAGUGAGACAGCUUAUCGUCCGGCUGGCACAGGGGCAGGAGGUGGCAACAAAUAUGGCAGCGCUGACAGGUGCCCACGUUGCUCUAAAUCAGUGUACGCUGCUGAGAAGGUGAUUGGUGCUGGUCAGUCCUGGCAUAAGAGCUGCUUCAAUUGUAAGACUUGCAAGAAAAAACUUGACUCCACAACUUUAAGCGACAAAGACGGAGAGAUCUUCUGCAAAUCCUGCUACGGUAAGGAUUUCGGUCCCAAGGGCUACGGCUUUGGGGCUGGUGCCGGUACCCUUGUUAACACCAAGUAAACAACACACCGCAUCUGGUCGCCGGUGAUCACAGAAUCCGUAGCCGCUGCUUUAGAAAACCACUUGGAUUGGUAUGUAUCCCAAGCAGCAUAUGGGACACAGGACAGACAUUCUGGCGGGGCUAACUGUUUUUGCCAGGGAUAUCAUUGUAGAAAGUAAUGAACUGCUGACAAAUUUGACUAAACACCAGGUAGUAUAAGAAAGGAUAAAAGUCAAGUCAAUUGAAUUGCUUUUACAAAAGAUUCCAAUGGUGCCUACGUAUUUUAGUUCAUAUGAGGAAGGGAAUUUAGGGCUUUGGUUUUUUCAUGAUUUCACAUUAAAAGAUGUUUAAUAGAGGUGUUUUGCUUUACUCUAAAUGCUGAUUAACAGAUUUGUAUUUCCUAUGCAAAUAACCUUCAAAUUGCUGAAAUUAUUCAUUUCGUCAGUUACAGUUGCAAUUUUGUUUAAGAUAAAGCAAACAAAAUAGACAAUCUCACGACCGCAAAGCAGCUCACAAAAUGGCCACAAAUACACCUAGUUUACCCAACUUUACCACAGUUUCCUUAAAAUGAAGUCAAGGAACAGGACAUGUAAGUAGUUGCAUGAUGAUUUCCUUCUUCAAGGCUUGCUUUUAGAGCUCACCAUCUUGUCGACAGGGAACCCUUAUCAGUGAGAAAUUCAAAAUUGAUUUUUUUUUUUGUCUGGGUAAUUUUAUUAACCUCAUCUAUCUUCAGUCUUUCAAGUAAAAAAACAUCCAUUCCCUUUGUAGGAUGCUCCUGACUUUUUGCCAAAUUUUGGUAUGAAUAUCAUAUUUUUUAAUAUCAUGCAUACACUGAGGACUUUCCAAUUUCCAAGUUACUUGUGGCUUUUGAUCAACUAAUUUCCAUGUAUAUUCCAUUGCCUUGAUUGAUAAAAAUCUGUGCCUUUAUUAUGCAAACAAACUGGUCUUCCAUCAAACAAAAAUUAUAGUUUGUUCAGACAUCAAUGAGGAUUUAACCAAAAGACUGAUGUUUGGUGAAAACAUUGAAAGAAUCCUUUGAUCUAUUCUCACUAAUGCUCUUCAAUAAGCCUUGGAGAAUUUUCUACAAUCAGAAUCAAUAAUGGCUACUACAUUUUUGCACAAGAUCAAAGAAAGACAAUGUUUCUAUUUUCCAAAUCAUACUGUUUUCUAGAACUUUUGAUAAGUCAUGUGUACAAUAGUAAGAGUGUAGCUUAGUUAGCCUUUGAACAGUAAAUUUAUUGGGCAGUUAAGCUUAUAUAAAUUUAACACAGGUUUGUAUCUUGUAAUUUGAUAUUAAUUGUAGAACAAGAACAUUUGGCAAAGUCUUUAAAAUAACAGAGUUUGCUCUAUUUUUUUCAAAGUACGUGUAAUAAAAAUUAUUAGUACAUGUAGUAGAUUUGCACAGCACCUGUAAUAAAAUUACUUAUUGACUGAAAUGUUAGUCUCUCAUCAACUGUAAGUCAAGUUACUCAGCCAGAACCAGAAGUGUCUGAAAUGCUUUAGGGAGCAUCUUUUUCUUGAGGAUACAGAACAGGCGCCUGGAAAGUGAAGGUUUCAGACUGUGUUUACUUAUCAUUUUGAUUGAUUAAGAAUGAUGAUCGAUCAGGAUUUUCUUCCGUUCACUUUUAGAGGGGUCACUGAAAGAGUUCAUUGGAUUAUACUCGUAAAAAUGGCAAUUGAUGACUGCUUAGUUUCGGAGACAUUUGAUAAAAAGUUUGAUAAUGUUGAGACUGCCUUUGUGAGAAUGUGUGGUUUAGUGACAUUGAACACAUGAACGAUAGCAUCAGUGUGUUUAACAGCAGAUAACUAAAGGUUCAGUUCAUGUUUUUAAGGCUAGAAAUGGCCAGUGAGUAGUAGUGGGAGUUACUGGUUCCGAGGUGUAGGUCAGCUUGACUACCUCGUAACGCGAAGCUAAAGAUGGCCAGUGAGUGAUGCUCGAUACCUUGCAAUAUAAAGAAGUAGUCUAAUGUUGAGGUGAUAUUUCAAGAUUUAUUUUGUUGCUUUGCAUGCCAGAUAUAGUUCCUUCAUUUGCACAUUUGCGGUGUCGUGGCCAUAUCCUAAAAAUACAAUAUGGUGCUCUUGUAAUGCACUUCAUAUUAAGAUAAUUCAUUCUUAUGAAAGAUUCAGUUCCCUGUUAUCUCUUCUGUUUUGCUUCUUAACAAAGCCCAAGCAUAGAACUAGAUCGCUUACAGAACCAACAAGUCAGAAUAACGAAGUAUGUGCUUUCAAUUUGAGUGGAUUAAAUCGUCUACGCAACUGUUACUUGAGCUUUUUGCCUUUGCCAGCAAUGUUCUUCAAGCCUCCUUAGCUUGUACAACUAAGUUUUGUUUCCAUUUUAUGCACCAAAAUUAAUCUCAUGUAAUUACCAAAUUUGUUCCCAGCAUAGUAUUUCAGAGCAGAUUUAUUUUUGUAGAAGUUUAAUAACAUUGAAUUUAGCCUGCUAUUGUAAAAAGGCAAUGUUCUACUAAUUAAAAUGACUUUAUUGGCAAUAACAUUAGCUUAUUAAUUAUUUCUGUAUUGAUAGUGCAAGAUAUUAUGCUAAACAUCUGUAUUUAUAGUAACAAGAUUGCCUAUGAGUUGAAUACAUUGUGUUAGUUUAGAAAUAAAACAGUAAAGUGAAGUUGGAGAAGUA